CACAUGACAUAUUUAACCAAUCAGAAGAUUAUGUCAAUUGCCGCCAUCUUAUUCUGUCUGGAAAGUGGCAUGGUGUUUCAUUCAAAUUAAAUCUAUACAUUACUUACUAUAAUACACUUUCUUUCUGAAGACAUCUAAAAAUGUCAGAGGAAGCUGGUGGAAAGAUUAAAAGUAGACGCCAACAUGGUUCUAACAAACCGUAUGAACGUAGAAAAUCUCUAUUGGGAAAGGUGAAAGACCUGAUUACCCCAUCUUGGUUGUCCAGUUUUGUCAGCAAUAAGAAAUCAGAUGAAACUACUGAAAAGGAGGACAUAGAGUCUGAGGUUCCUGCACCCUCGCCUAUUCAUGGGAGAAUUAAACCACAAAAUGAUAAAAGGCCUGCUCCAGUUUUUGUCUCACUAGAAAAAAGGAAUGGUUUACCUAGCCAACUCAUGGCUCCUCCACAAUCUACAUUCAUAGCCCAUACCAGGUCAGGAGAAGUUAGUCAAAGUUUUAAACCUGAACAGUUCCCUCUGCAGGCAGGAUUUACAUCAUCACAACUUCCUUUGAUACCAGAGAAAAUGUAUGAACAUCACUAUCAUCAUGUGGACAAUGAUGACAACAUGUCAGACAGGAGUGAUCACUCUAAGUCUACCAGUGGUUGUUCCUCCAUGAUUCCACACCCACCCAGUACAGUAUUGAAAGAUAGAGUUACCUUAGAAUUAAAUGAAAGUGAUAUCGACAGCAUUAAGGACAAACUUGUGGAUUCCAGUGACAAGCUACCUAACAGAUUAGGAAAGUCUCUUACUUGGACAGCACAGUACAAUACUAAGAGACCAAAGAAGCCAGCACUUAUAGGAAAACCUAGCUUUGAUGUUUCCUUGUUUGGUUCACCAGCACCUGGGAACAAUUCUUCCUUGUCACAUGACAGGUUGAAUGAAUCAGCAUUUUAUCCUGGAAGAACAACAUUUGGUGGAGCCUCAUCACAGAGACGACAAAGUUUAAACACAACUGCUCCUUAUGUGUCCUCACCAUUUCCAGUUCGCCAGAAAAUGAAAGCCAAGCCAUUGAACAAUUCAUUUGCUGGUAGUGCUACCACUAGUGGAACAGCUAGAAAGAUAUUAGAAACAUUGGAAAAAAUGACAACACCUCUUGGAGAUGCAAGGAAAAUACCAGUUGAUGAUACAGUAAUGCAGAGCUUGAGUUCAUCAUUUUCCUUUACUCCAUCAGUAUAUAGAAGGCCAACAAGACACAGUAUAGGAAAUUACAUGAAUACAUCAAGAGAAUUGCAGACUCCAAAUAGAGGUCCACCAUUACAAAGAGUGAGUACUCCCGGAUCAGCUUCUAUUGCUGCCAAUCUCCAGAGAUUUGUACCAACCAGAGAAAGCACUGAAACUACAGGCAGUUAUCAGUUACCAGGAUCUUCUCAAAAAGAUCCUGGAAUGUCCUCAACUAAUACUCAGGGAGGAAAAAUGAAGAGCAAAAAGUUUACAUCACAUCAUGUUGCCUCUAGAAAAGAUGAAGAUGAAGAUGAGCCCUAUGAAAUGCCACAGUUAAGGACAGAGUUCACACUGCCAGUCAAAGACAUGCCUACUUUCAAUUUCAAUAUGCCAAAGUCUACACCUCAGCGUACAACAAUAGAUUUGUCUAGUCAAGCUUACACCUUCUCAACACCUAUACAGAAAAUGCCUGUUACGCCUACAGAUACACCUACAGGUCCACCUAAGAUGGACUUCAAGUUCAGUUCACCAAUCCAACAAGGAGAUGGAUCAUCAUCACCCACCAAAUCAAAAAGUGUAACAUUUAAUCUUGGUGAUGAUAAUGACGUUCAAAUGAAAUACAACUAUAAAUCUUCAACUGUCUCAACCAGUAGCCUCACAGGUUCUCCAGUAGCACAAGGUUUUUCAAAGCCAGUUUCACAGACAAGUUCAAGCAGCAGUUCACCUUCCAGUGGUGGCUUCAAAGUGGCAUCACAGUUAAAAACAGGAAGUGUUAUGGAUAUUUUAGGAAAAAGUGGAAGUGAACAGAAAAAGUCCCCAGAAGCACCAAAGAAUGAUAGCUUAGCCAAGUUUGCCGUUAAAGGAUGGACAUGUGAUAUAUGUCUUGUUGGCAACAAAGAUGAUUCAGAUAAAUGUGUAGCCUGCACAUCGCCUCGACCAGGAGCCAAGACAUUAGCAACAAAGAAUGAUAGUCUAACCAAGUUUGCUGUUAAAGGAUGGACAUGUGAUAUAUGUCUUGUUGGCAACAAAGAUGACUCAGAUAAAUGUGUAGCCUGCACAUCACCUCGACCUGGAGCUAAGACAUCUGUACCAAAGAAUGAUAGUUUUGCAAAGUUUGCAGGAAAAGGAUGGACUUGUAAUGUAUGUUUGGUGUCCAAUAAAGAUGAUGCAGAGAAAUGUGUUGCUUGUGCUGAGGCUAAGCCAGGACUGAAAAAAAGUACAUCAAAGUCUGCUGGUGGUGAUAGUUUACAGUCUAUAUUCAAGAAGCCUACAGGUAACUGGGAUUGUGAUGUAUGUCUGGUCCCUAACAAUGGAGAUGUCACAAAGUGUUUAGCAUGUGAAACACCUAGACCUGGUACCCAGCCAUCAUCAUCAGGUGGAUUGACUAUAGCCCCAGGAGCAUUUUCUGGCCAGUCUGGAUUUAUUCUUCCGACAGGAUCAAAUUCUAAUUCAAACAUGUCUAACAGUGGCUUCGGUGGAGAUACUAAAUCAUCAAGUGGAUCAGGAUUUAAAUUUAGUGGGGGAACUACUUCAGCAGGAAGUGGAUUCAAAUUUGGGGAUAGUUCAGUAAAAUUGUCUAAUGACUCAGACAAACAAAGUUCAAAUGUCAAAUCAGAUAAUAAAGAAAAAGAAGGAUUUGUGUUUGGAAAAUCCAAUUCAUUCUCUCCCCAAAAGUCUGCUCCGUCAGGAACAGGUUUCAAGUUUGGGGAAAACAAACCUGAUGAAAUAAACAAAUCAGGUUUUCUGAGUCAGAACUCUUUAUCAGGUACCAAAGACAAAUCUUCUGCUAGUGGAUUUAUGUCUGGAAAGACAUCAGCCGAAUUUUUGGAUAAAACAGACGGUGUUAGUAAACUGAAUUCAGAUAGUACUGUUAUAUUAGACAGUUCUGUUACCACAUCAACAGUAGCAACAACAGGACUAGCUUUUAAUUCUAAGUCGGACUCCGAAACAAAGACAUCAACUACUCCUGGUGGUAACUUUGGACAGUCUGUUUCUGCAAUAGGACAAAAACCUGCCAAUGGAGGUUUUGUCUUCGGUCAGACAUCAAAUAAUGACGCUAAUGUAAAAACAACAAGUGUAAAUUCUAUAUUUGGGACUUCAAGUAGUAAUAAAUCUGACAGUAGUAAUAUAUUUGGGAGUGAUCCUAAAACAUCAUCAAUAAAUAGUUUUACAGGAACAAAUAAUUCAGGGUUUUCAUUUAACAAGUCAGAAGAUAAAAAGUCUGAGCCUUCAUUUAAUAAUCAGUCUUCUACAGUAUCUCCCAGUUUGAAAAGAAGCAGAGAUGAUGAGACAGGACCAGCAGAAAAGAAGAAGCCCUUUGCUGCACCAUCAUCUGCAUCUUCGGGAUUGUUUCAGUUUGGUGUCAAAUCUACUGCCACUACAAAUGCUCCCCCUUCUAUGGCAUUUGGACAGAAUAAAGAUACUAAACCAACAGCGUUUGCUGCUCCAUCUUUUAAUUUUGGAGGAGGAGCACCAGCCAAUUCUACAACAGGAUUUAAUGCCGUCCCUCAGACAACGACUAGCUCAAUAUUUAAUUCUACUGGAUCAAGUAUAUCAUCUGGUACAGUGUUUGGGAGUGCUGCUGCAACAGUAACAUCAACUUCCACUGGUUCUUCAUUUGUAUUUGGAGCCAGCUCAGCCAACCAAACUACAAGUUCUACCACAUUUGGGUCAACUCAACAGACAUCAACUUUAUUUAGUAGUAAAAGCUCAACGCCCACAUUUGGUACUUCUUCUAGUAUUCCAAGUUUUGGUAGUCCAAUCAGUACAGUUGGUGGAUUUGGCUCAACAGCUCCUGCAUUUGGUUCUGCUUCAACAAAUCCACAAUUUGGAGCAUCUCAGCCAUCAGCCACUCCAGCAUUUGGUGCACAACAAACUUCAACUCCAGUAUUUGGAACACCCCAGACAACAGCACCAGCAUUUGGGUCAACUCAGACCUCCAUCCCAGCCUUUGGUGCACCUCUGUCAUCUAAUCCAUCAUUUGGUACUCCUCAGAAGCCUCCAGGACCAGUCUUUGGUGCAGCACAAAACACAACAUUUGGACCUCCUCCUGUUACAUCAACAACUCCAGGUGGUUUUAAUUUUAAUGCUGCACCAAGCUUUAAUUUUAGGAGUUCCAAUACACCACAACAGCCAGCUGCUCCUUCUGCUGGUAUCUUUCAGUUUGGUGGACCAAAACAGGCUGAGGCUCCACAGCAGCCAACAGUGCCCUCAGGUGGGUUUAAUUUUGGACAGGCUGCUAGCACACCUGGAGGGGCGCCUUAUAGCUUCAGUGCUGCACCGACCCCAGCUGCCACACCAUCUUUUGGAGCAGGAUUUGGACAACCUUCAACACCACAACAGUCUGGCACAGGAAUGUUUAAUAUAGGAGCUGGAAGCACAGAUAACAGAAAAAUUAAGAAAGCUGUUAGGAAAAUCAGAAGAUGAGUUACAAGAAUGUAAAGGCCAUUGUUUUGGGCCUGUGAAAUAUAAUCAACAUUCCAUGGGUAUUGUUACAACAUAAAAAAUGUCAAGAAAAUGAUGUUGUGUCAUAGUUUCCAUUGUCUAUUGUUUAAAUUUUUAGAGUUUACCAGAAAUUAUGGAAGCCAAAUCUUUUUUCAGUGGCUUUUCAAGAAUAUCAUUGUAUCUUUAAAUAAACGGAUUUUACUUGGGAGGGACUGCAACAAACAUUUUUAGAUUUUCAUGUUUUGAAACUUUUAAUUACUAACAUGUCAUGUUUUUUUUUAAUCCUUUCAAGACAAAAAUGUAGUGUCAUUUAUAAACAGAAAAUUAUAUGAAAAAACACUUGCAUGUGAAAUCUUUUUUUUAUCAUAUAAAAUUCACUGCAAUAGUUUCAGACUGGGAAAUGAAUUUUAUUGAAAUGCCUUUACAUGAUAUUUAUAGUGUUGUCAAUGGUGUAGCAAAGAGUUGUAAAGUUUGGGUAUUCUGUAUUUAAACUGUCGUGAUUCAGAUUUCCAACAGUAUAUGUACACAAGCUGAUGAGAAACUUACUAUUCAAACAAAGAAAUACAAAAAUAAAAUCUCGGGGUCUUUUGAGUGGUUUUUUUUCAUGUUAAGUGUUUUAAUAAAGAUAGAAAUGAACAUGUAAACUUGAGGUAAAUGAUGCUCUCUUUACAGAUUCAGAACUUUAUAUUGCUGUUAUGCUUAUUUUUAUGUUGAAAGCCAAAAACAAAAUAUAUCCUGAAAUGUGAUAUACUUGUAGGUACUUUUUAAUGUAAAUCUAUCUAAGUAGACAUAAAUUGGUGUGUCAUUUGUACAUAAAUAUUCAUUAUAUUGAGUUGCCACCCACACUAUGUCUUAAAAAUAACAUCUGGGCAUUGUAAUAGUCAUUGUGUAAUACUUAUUCUUAACUUUUUCCCUCUAUAUUCGAUAUGUAUAUUGUAGAUAUAUGUCUGUAAACAUCAUGUUCUUUUUUUCAUUGAUCAUGAUUUGAAGCCUUUUGUCAGAUUUCACUGAACCGGAGAAAAUAUUUUGAAGCAUAAAUGUAAAUUUAGCCUUUCUGUUGUGUUCAGUGAAUCUUUAAGGGUAAUAGUAAAUUUGUAUAUACAAUAAAAAGACAAUUUUGCAGGAGUUUGUGCUGUGUUUUGAAAAUCUGUCUUUCGUCUGCUUGUUAAAGUAGUUAGAUGUUCAAAGGGCAAAUUUUACUGGACCAGUGCUGUUUAUAAAAUGUUUUCUAAUUGGUGCUAUAUUUUCAUGUCAUGAAUUUUUAAUGGCAAAUUUUUAUCAUUCCUAAUUUGCAUAAUGUUUAGUAUGCAUUCAUGUUAUCCUGCAGAAUCUGUCACCUUUGGGUACCAAAAGUGUCUUAUUUUAUGUUGAAUAUUUCUGUCUGUAUUGGUAUCCAAAGUAUUGUAUCAUUUUGUGUCAGUUUACCUCUUAUCAUAUAACAUUUUUCUGCUGUGUCUGCAUGUUAUCAUCUCAUUUAAACAGAAAAGUUGAGAAAUGACAUUUUUGACAAUAUGUAAAUACAUAAUUGUAUUGUAAAUACUGUUUUAAAAAAAGUGCAAAAACUAAUAUCGUAGUAUUAUAAAAGUUCAAAUAUUUUCAGAGUUUGAUGGAAAAAUAGUUUUAUACAGAAGUCUCUUUCAACCAAAAUUCAAAUGAUUACUUCAGAAGGGAAAUUGUAAGUGAUUGUAUGGGACUUUUGUAUAAUAUUCAUGUGACAGUCAAAACAUAGAAAGGCUUGUUUAUAAUUUAAUAAGACUGAGAAAAUAUUACAUAAAUGUGUUCCCAUUGUCUUUCUGUAGCUGACCAUCAGUGAAUGGCAGUACUUAAACUAACUUUAAAGAUUAUAUGAUUGUGUAUGUCUCUAUUCUUUGCUAUUGUGGCAAUGAUUUCUAUAGGAGGUACUAUUUUUAUUGCUGUUAUACAACAUUUUUUUCUCUAUCUUCUUUUACUGUAAUUUUUGUUCUUUCUGUUUUUCUUCCAAUUUGAUUUUAUCUCCCGUUUAUCUUUUGGAAACAUCCCAAUCUGUUGCAUUUCACAAUUGAUAAUUAAAAAGUCAUAUAAAUAAAUCAUAUACACUUUAAAGUUAGAUAAUUGAUUUGAAAAUUAUAUUUUUUUACAUUCAGAUUGUAGCCCUGCUGUUGUGUUGUCAAGUAAAACUUUUGUUAAAACUGGUUUUGUUGUAUUGGAAAGUUAGUGAAGAUUAAAAUGUUAAUAUUCUGGAUGUUGAAGAAUAAAGUAAAUAGAAAUGAAGAAAUUUACAGUUUUUGGUUUAUUAUUGGUGCAAACAUUAAGUAAUUUAGAUUUUUUAAAUUGUUUGGUUUCUAGUUGGUGCAAACAUUUAUAAGUUCCCAAGGUUGUAUGUAUUGUAUACAGUAGUAAAGGAAUAGAACUUCCAUUAGAUUUAUUGUAAGAUGACUGAAGCAGAACAGCAGGGUGUAACGAGUCAUCAAUCUGUGAUGCAUUUUUGAUUCCUAUUGUGCUCAUGUUAUUGUUGUUAUGCAGGAUUUCACAGAUGUUAAAUAGAGACCAAGGUCUCGAUAAAAAAAAUCCUGGCUCAAUGAUCAAGUGGAGGAUUUGAAUGUACAAUGCAAUUCAUUUGAAUUUAGGACAACAAGAAUUGAAAAAUUUUAUGAGAUAUUUAUUUAAAAGGAUUUCUACUCUAUUUAAAUGUUGUUUUGACCACUACAUCUUCAGACAUUUUCAUAAAAACCUUUAUGUAGAUAAUGUGACUGUGUUUGCAUUUUCAGAUAUCAAUUCAAAAAAAUAAGAAAACAAUCCUCAUUUUGUCUUCAGAAGUAGGCUGUUUUAAUAGAGACUUCAUAAAAGAAAUUGUCAAUAUCCUCUGAUCAUUAAAUAUAGUUUUAUUUUGCAUUGCAUAUAUUAAAAACCUUCACAUUGUUUAUUAAGCCAGGAUAAUAUUUUUGUGGCAAAAAAAAAGCCACUUUUGUUAUUUGGUAUCUAAAUUUUUUGUAUUUUUGAAAAUGAUUCGGACAAAAGAGAGUAAGUUAGGGAGAGAGUGAGAGUGAUUUAUUUAUUAGACAAUCUGUGAAGUUCUGUAAAGUCUUAUGACUUAUUUGCUUGUGUGAGCAAGUCCACUGUGAGGGUGAAAAUUGCAAUUCAAUAUUAAAUAUUGAAGUACA